AUGAGAAAUAACCCCACACUAACCAUUUCAUUCAUUCCAUCCACGACCUAUGUGAAUGAUACUUCAGGAAAGCCAAAACUCUCUGUGACGAUAUCAAACUAUCUUUCGCUCUUGCAAGCAAACUUUAGUUACCAAAUAUUUCAAGAAGUGGGUGGUUCUAAUAUUUCAAUCACACCGCAAUUAUCAACUUCCACACUGACCGCAAUUUGGGACAACAUUUUUUCUCCUCCAAGGUUUGAAAUUGUGUUACCACCAGUGUUCACCAUGGCUGGAAAUUACUCGGCUCAAGUGUUAGCCAAGAAAUUGAAUGGUCAAAAUAUCAAUUCAUGGUCCACGAACAAAAUGAUCAUCAAAAGCUAUGACGAAUUUACAUCUUUUGAUAACUUGAGAAAAUUGUCAUUGGUUGAUUUGGAACAAGCAUCGACAAAUUCCUUACUUUAUGCAUUGACUUCAAAAAACAAAAAUUAUUGGACUCACUAA